AUGGAGGUCCUGAGGGAGAAAGUGGAGGAGGAGGAGGCAGCGGAGCGUGAGGAGGCGGCUGAGCAGGCAGAACAUGCUGAAAAGAUGGAGAGGAUGGUGAGGCUGGCCGAGGUGAGCAAGGAGGAAAGGAUCCUGACCCAGGAUGAACUCCGAGAUCUGGAGAAGAAAAUGAUGGCUGUUGAGAUCCCCAUCCCAGCUGAGCGCCCGAUUAUAAACAAGGCCAUCAUUGACGUCAGCAAGCUGCCUCCUUCCUACACCACCAACUCACCCAAGGAGGAACACCUGUUGCAAGUGGCAGACAACUUCUCCCGCCAGUAUAGCCAUCUGUGCCCCGACCGUGUGCCUCUCUUCUUGUACCCACUGAAUGAGUGUGAAGUUCCUAAGUUCGUGAGUACUACCCUCAGGCCCACGCUGAUGCCCUACCCUGAGCUCUACAACUGGGACAGCUGUGCCCAGUUCGUAUCUGACUUCCUCACCAUGGUUCCCCUGCUCGACCCUCUCAAACCGCCCUUGUACCUGUAUUCCUCGACCACGGUGCUCAAGCGCCAGAAAGGGAACUGCUUCGACUUCAGCACUCUGCUCUGCUCCAUGCUCAUCGGCUCUGGUUAUGAUGCCUACUGUGUUAAUGGCUAUGGCUCGCUGGACUUGUGCCUCAUGGACCUGACACGGGAGGUGUGCCCACUCACUGUCAAAGCCAAGGAGGUGGUCAAGAAGAAGGAAAAAGUGUCACCUAAGAAGUAUGCCGUUAAGCCACCUAGGGACCUGACCAGCAGGUUUGAGCAGGAGCAAGAGGACAAGAGACAGCAGGAGAUCCAGGCCCUGGAGAAGAAGAGGCUCAGGGAAGAGGAGGAGCACCUCCUGGAGGCAGAGAAGUCAAAGCCUGAUCCCUUGCACGGCCUGCGGGUGCACUCCUGGGUCCUAGUACUGGCAGGGAAGCGUGAAGUACCAGAGUGCUUCUUCAUUGACCCUUUGACAGCUCGCAGUUACAGCACUAAGGAUGAUCACUUCCUGGGCAUCGAGAGCCUCUGGAACCACAGAAACUACUGGGUCAACAUGCAGGACUGUUGGAACUGCUGCAAGGACUUGGUCUUCGAUCUGGGAGACCCUGUGAGGUGGGAGUACAUGCUCUUGGGAUCCGAUAAACCCUACCUAUCCUUGACUGAGGAUUAUGACGAGGGGAUGGACAAUGAUGAUGAUGUGGAAUAUCUGGGCAAGGAGGAUGAAGACAAGAGCUUUGACAUGCCACCCUCAUGGGUGGCACAGAUCGAGAUUACCCCAGAAGAGUUUGAGACCCGCUGCCCAAAUGGAAAGAAAGUGAUACAAUACAAGAGGGCGCAGGUGGAGAAGUGGGCACCAUAUCUCAACAACAACGGCCUGGUGUGCCGCCUCACCACCUAUGAAGACCUACAGUGUACCAAGGGUCUGGAGAUAAAGGAGUGGUACCAGAACCGGGAGGACAUGCUGGAACUGAGGCACAUAAACAGGACCACAGGCCUGCACGUGGACUACUUCAAGCCCGGCCACCCCCAGGCUCUGCAAGUGCACUCAUACAAGUCCAUGCUGCCUGAGAUGGACCGCGUCAUGGAGUUCUAUGAAAUGGCCCGUGAGGAUGGCCUGAUAAAGCGGGAGGAGACGCCCAUGACAAUGACAGAAUAUUAUGGAGGGCGCUCAGACUUCCUCUCCUAUCGCCACAUCAAUUUUGGGCCCAGGAUCAAGAAACUCACCCAGAACAGUGCAGAGUCAAACCCGAGGCCCAUGGUGAAAAUCACCGAGCGAUUUUCCCGAAACCCCGAGAAGCCAGCGGACGAGGACGUGGCAGAGCGCGUGUUUCUGAUCACAGAGGAACGCAUCCAGCUCCGCUACCACUGCCGUGACGACUACAUCACCGCGUCCAAGCGCGAGUUCCUGCGGCGAACCGAGGUGGACAGCAAGGGCAACAAGAUCAACAUGACGCCGGACAUGUGCAUUAGCUUUGAGGUAGAGCCCAUGGAGCAUACCAAGAAGCUUCUUUACCAGUACAAGACCAUGAUUCACCUGAAGAAUGAGGAGAAACUGUCCCGACAUCAGGCCUGGGAGUCAGAACUGGAGGUGCUGGAGAUCCUGAAGCUUCGGGAGGAGGAGGAGGCGGCGCAUACACUGACCAUCUCCAUCUACGACACCAAACGCAAUGAGAAAAGCAAAGAGUAUCGGGAGGCCAUGGAGCGUGUUUUGCAUGAGGAGCACCUGCAACAGGUGGAGACCCAGCUGGACUACCUGGCCCCAUUCCUGGCACAGCUGUCUCCGGGGGAGAAGCUGACUCGCUGGCAGGCGGUGCGCCUCAAGGAUGAAUGUCUCAGCGACUUCAAACAGCGCCUCAUCGACAAGGCUAACCUCAUCCAGGCACGCUUUGAGAAGGAGACCCAGGAGCUGCAGAAGAAACAGCAGUGGUACCAGGAGAACCAGGUAACGUUGUCACCAGAGGAUGAAGACUUGUACCUGAGCUACUGCUCUCAGGCCAUGUUCCGCAUCCGCAUCUUGGAACAGAGGCUCAACCGGCACAAAGAGAUGGCUCCACUGAAGUACCUGGCUCUGGAAGAAAAGCUCUACAAGGACCCACGCCUAGUAGAGUUCCUGAAAGUCUUUGUUUGAUGCCCCUCAUGGGACCACAGCAGAUGCCAGAGAAUGGAGCUCCUCCUCCCUCCCCAGCCACUGUGCUCCUACACUGGCUGCACUGCCAUACCACCUCCCCUGUUCUCCAGUCUCCCCCAAAUAAACACAUUUCUAACUUA